AUGGCUGCCAGUGAUCAUACUUGUCUUACUGAGGGUUGUGGCAAAACUGCUACUCUGCAGUGUCCUACCUGUAUCAAGUUGAAGAUUGAAGGAUCUUAUUUCUGUUCUCAAGAUUGUUUCAAGAAAAACUGGGGUCAACACAAGUUGGUUCAUAAGGCCAAGAUUGAGAGUGAACCUCACAAUCCUUUCCCCAACUACCGUUACACCGGUGAUCUCCAAGCUGUUUACCCUCUCUCGCCUAGACGUGAAGUCCCCGAGGGAAUUAUGCGUCCUGAUUAUGCCGAGAGCAGCAUCCCUGUGUCCGAGCAAAGUGUCCGCAUGAGCUCUACCAUCAAAGUUUUGAAUGAUGAAGAAAUCCAGGGCAUGCGUGAAGUUUGUAAGAUUUCUCGUGAAGUUUUGGAUAUCGGUGCUGCUGCCAUUCGCCCUGGAAUUACCACAGAUGAAAUUGAUGAAAUUAUCCACAAUGCUACUAUCGAACGUGGAGCUUAUCCUUCCCCAUUAAACUAUUACAAAUUCCCCAAAUCGGUGUGCACUUCUGUUAAUGAAGUUAUUUGUCAUGGUAUUCCUGACAAGCGUCCUUUGAAAGAUGGCGAUAUUGUCAACCUGGAUGUCACUUGUUACUACAAGGGCUUCCAUGGUGACAUGAAUGCCACUUAUUGUGUUGGCAAUGUGGAUGCCAAGGGCAAGAAGUUGAUUGACACUGCUAGAGAGUGUUUGGAAAAGUCCAUUGCUAUGGUCAAGCCCGGUAUCAGAUAUCGUGAUUUUGGCAAGGUCAUUGAAGAACACGCCAAGAAGAAUGGAUUCUCUGUUGUUCGUACAUUCAGUGGCCAUGGUAUCAACCAACUUUUCCAUUGUGCUCCCAAUGUUCCUCAUUAUAACAAUAACAAGGCUGUUGGUAUUAUCAAGGCUGGACACUGUUUCACCAUCGAACCGAUGAUUUGUGAGGGUGGUUGGAGAGAUGAGAUCUGGCCCGAUAACUGGACCGCUGUUACCACUGAUGGCAAGCGUUCUGCUCAAUUCGAGCAUACCUUACUUGUUACAGAGAAUGGCUGUGAAAUUCUUACCAAAUAA